AAAAAACCUUAUUAGCCCCUCCUUACUGUUCUUCAAAGAGUCCAAACACACAAAAAGAUAUGUCAAAAGAUCUAACAGAUGUCAACAAAUCUCAUUUCAGGUGAAAUUCAAAACUUGUCUAAAAUGGAAAGCAGCAAGGUCAUCUCUACUGACAAAGCCACAGUUUUUAUCCAAAUAAAUCCACAGGAGACAAAAGACAGCGUUAUUUUUGUUGAUGGACAGCCGGCCAUGGGAACAAAUCUCAAUACAACUCUUAAAGAAUUUUUUAAACCACAACCAAAGGCACUGGGGACUGUACAGAUAAUGAUUGGAGUGAUGGUCUUUUCACUUGGUAUUCUACACACUACAAAUUUCUACAGAUACUCUGCUAUUGUUGUCUUUAGUGGCAUCACCUACUGGGGAUCUCUCAUUUACAUCAGCGCUGGCUCUCUGUCUGUUGCAGCGCAGAAAAAACGUAAUCCAUGUUUGGUGAAAGCCUCUCUUGGAAUGAAUGUGGCCAGUGCCAUAACUGCAGGACUAGCCAUUAUACUGAUGGGCAUACAGUUGAAAGUAAUAUCAAUGGAUGAUCCACGUUUUCAUGCUGAGGUAUUACAUGCAUAA